AUGUUUCUACCCCAAAAAUCACUACUACGGGUGCCAGGUGAUGGUUUAUUUAAAGGAAUUGCAGCGUUAAAGCGUCCUAUGAUUGUAAAGGCAUCGCCACAACUAUGUUUGCCGAUAGCACUUUGCAAUCAGAAGCAUACACGCAAUGCUUUUCACACAUCUGCAUAUCCUCUGGUACUCCAGAAGACGUCGUUUCAUAAGCCUGUGGGGUCUUUGUUGACUAAUCGUUUGUCUCUACGGUUGUGUUUGAGACAAGGCAGCCGCAAAUUCCAUAGUGCCCCUAGACGACAGUUUCUCGGGGGACGAGACCCUUUUAACAGUGGUGACCGCCAUUAUAAAUUUUCAUUUUCAUUUGAUACGUGGGGCCUUGUUGUUGCUGGGAUAGUGCUCAUCGUCACAACGUCGAUUUUCUUGAUGGUUUUACCAUACUUAUUUGUUGUACUCUUCCCGUUUAUCAUAGCAGCAAUAGCAUUCUAUGGAAUAAAAAGUUAUGUGCUCAAGUUGGAAUUCAGCAAAAUUAGAGAUGCCUUGUCUAGGUCUUCUAUGAAACUCUCUGCCGCUACCAGAAAACAGCUACUAUACAAAGAGAUAUCGCCUCAUAUGGAAUCGUUGAAGGAGAUGUUAGAUAAAAAAGCUUCCAAGGUUCCUCCGGGCUUCUUUGAUUCAUUUAAAGAUCAAAUGGACAAUUAUGACCUUCACAAAGCGGAUCGGUUCUUGGAAUUCUUGAGCUCUAGGAUCGAUGAAAGCUUGUGCAAAAACGAAAACAAUAUCAGAUCUAUCAUUCUGGGAAAGGACUCCGUUUAUCGGCCGGAUAUGGUAAAAUUAUUUGAAGAAAGUCACAAAAUCAUGACACUAUAUGGGACCGGUAACGAUUCGUACGAACUGCACAUAUUUAAAUUGAUGCUUGAAGACGACUCUGUUGAGGCAAAACCGAUCGGCCUCGUUUUAGUCGUAGCAGCGGUUAAACAAGAGAAUUUCGAAAUGCUUGGUCCAAUGUUCAAAUUUCUUAAUGUUAAAGAUACCCAGGAAGCGUCCCCGAUGGUUAUAGCAGUGAAGAACAUAGACUUUAUACCAAAGAUUGGCUUUAUAACUGAUAUUGGAGAAACAGGUAGGGGAGGGACGGAUCAUAAUUAA